AUGAGCAUGGGCUGCCCAGAGCCUGAGCCGCCCCGCUCCCUGACCUGCUGUGGGCCAGGGGCUGCCCCUGGGCCUGGUGCCGGCGUGCCCCUUCUCACUGAAGACAUGCAGGCCCUGACUCUCCGCACACUGGCUGCCAGCGAUGUCACCAAGCACUACGAACUAGUCCGGGAGCUGGGCAAAGGCACCUACGGGAAGGUUGACCUGGUGGUCUACAAGGGCACAGGCACAAAAAUGGCACUGAAGUUUGUGAACAAGAGCAAAACCAAGCUGAAGAACUUCCUGCGGGAGGUGAGCAUCACCAACAGCCUCUCCUCCAGCCCCUUCAUCAUCAAGGUCUUUGACGUGGUCUUUGAGACAGAGGACUGCUACGUCUUUGCCCAGGAGUACGCACCUGCUGGGGACCUAUUUGACAUCAUCCCUCCCCAGGUGGGGCUCCCGGAGGACACGGUGAAACGAUGUGUGCAGCAGCUGGGCCUGGCCCUGGACUUCAUGCACGGGCGGCAGCUGGUGCACCGCGACAUCAAGCCCGAGAAUGUGCUGCUGUUCGACCGCGAGUGCCGCCGCGUGAAGCUGGCCGACUUCGGCAUG